AGGACCCCAUGUUGAAGAGAAGGAGAGAACGCAUCCGAUCCCCGACUCCUCCUCUCUCUCCUGCCACCGCCGCCCUCCAGAGCCCAGCCCUGCUAGCCUCAACCUCUCUCAGAGACUCUCAGCCAAUCGACUCACGGUCUCGUCUGCCACGUUAAAUGGCAGAUGGUACCUACAGGUUCCAGCAGCCUGGGGCCGGGCAGUUCUUCUUUCAAACUCAAUCACAGCAUACUCACCAGCGUCAUCUCGUUCGAAACGGAACCAACUCCCCCACUGGAAGACUAAAAUUUAGUCACGACACUCCCUCUCCCUCACGCUCCCCUCCGAUCAGUCAAGCAGCUGCGCUCAACCCUUUCACUAUGUACACUCAAACCCACCAAGGGCAACAUGUCAUGAUGAAUGGCGGCCAGGCCCAUCAGCGGUUUGGCAUGCAGAUCCCUAAGUUUCAAUCGCAAAACCAUCAUCCGCACCCUGCACAGCAGCCUCAUCAUCACGCCCACCACAAUCAAGCGUCCCACACUAUUAAUCAUCAACACAACUUCUCCAGUGGGGCGUUGGCCGCCGCUACUCCGCAUUUCACCCCCGGUCCUCUUCAGAAUGGUGCUCAUGUCAACGUGGAUGAAGAUAUAGAUGAGUCUAUGAACGAACAUUGGCAGCAGCAGCUUCAGCUGGCUGCAGAGUCACGGCAAGCAAAUUCCCCCCAUUACCAUGCCCGCACCGUCGCACAGCAAACCAAGGGCCUCCAGAUUAGCCAGUCCGAGCCACAAGAGAAUGGGAGUGGUGAUCGCAAUGGUCUUGUCAAGACCAAAGCUGCUCCGAAGCAGGGCUGGUAUGCUCUUGAUUUUGGUGGGCAGGGCCUACGUGCACUUUCAACCUCUUUGUUUAGCUAUACUUUCCUUGAGAAGUUAUACCUGAACCACAACAAGUUGAAGACACUGCCUCCGUCGAUUGGACAACUGCGGAAACUCACGCACCUGGAUCUGUCAAGCAAUGAUCUUACAGAGCUCCCCGAAGAAAUUGGCAUGCUCACCAGUCUCAAGCAGCUUCUUCUCUUCGACAACAAUAUCCGCACGCUUCCUUUCGAGAUGGGCUAUCUUUACAGAUUAGAGAUGCUGGGAAUAGAGGGGAAUCCUUUAAAUGAUAUCUUAAAGUCACAGAUUAUCAAGGAGGGAACAAAGGCCUUAGUCCGGUAUUUGAGAGAAGAAAUGCCAGUUCAUCUUCCACCCCCCGAUAGAGAUUGGAUUAUCCUGGACGAGACCGCAAGCUCCGGCAACAAUCCCUCCGAGAAGAUCACCGUUCUUUCCCAUAACGCUCUAUGCGAAGCUUCUGCAACGCCGACUCACUUUGGAUAUACUCCGUCCCGGGUUCUUUCAUGGGAAUUCCGGCGUGAGCUUAUCCUGAGCGAGUUGAGAUCACACGACUCGGACAUUAUCUGCCUGCAGGAAGUCGACCAAGGCAGUUACAAUGGAUUUUUCCGGGAACAGCUCGCUUACAACGAUUACAAAGGUGUAUACUGGCCUAGAGGAAGAGCCAUGGGUAUGCAGGAGGAGGAAGCCAAGUUGGUCGAUGGCUGUGCCACGUUCUUCAAGGGAAGCAAGUUUAUUCUUCUCGACAAGCAAAUGAUCAAUUUCGGUCAAACAGCUGUGCGGCGACCGGAUGCAAAGGGUCAAGAUGACAUCUACAACCGACUGUGGCAGAAGGAUCACAUCGCCGUGGUCGUAUUCCUGGAGAACCGGCUGACAGGCUCCCGCUUUAUCGUUGUGAACGCACAUCUCUACUGGGACCCGGCUUUCAAGGACGUGAAGUUGAUCCAAACUGCCAUCUUGAUGGAGGAGAUCACCAAGCUUUCUGAGCAAUAUGCCAAGUGGCCCGCAUGUACUGACAAGACUGCCUUCCGCUUCUCAGAAGCAGAAGGUGAAUCGGAGACUCCGCCGCCCGAACCUGCGCCAUCUAUGCAGUACUCCAGCGGCGAUCAGAUUCCGCUCUUCAUGUGCGGAGAUUUCAACUCAUCGCCUGGGUCUGCAGCAUACAACCUGGUCGCACAUGGAGGGCUCACGGAGGCGCAUCCGGACCUCGAGAAGCGGCUGUACGGUAACCUCAGCCGGGUCGGCAUGACGCACCCGUUCAAGCUGAAGUCGGCGUACAGUUCAAUUGGCGAGUUGAGCUUCACAAACUACACCCCGGAUUUCAAGGAUAUCCUGGACUAUGUCUGGUUUUCUUCGAAUUCGCUGCAUGUCUCGGCGUUACUUGGGGAGGUGGACAAGGAGUAUCUACAGAAGGUGCCCGGAUUCCCCAAUUUUCAUUUUCCAAGUGACCAUAUCGCAUUAUUUGCGGAGUUUACAGUUAAAGGGAAAAAGGGCAAGGUUGUGGAAGCGGAUUUUGGACCGCAACGGAAUUGAGGGAACGGAGCAUGUCGAAUCUUACGAGACUGGUGUUUGUGUAGCCGGUUUAUCUUGUUAUCUCGGAAUCUUUGGGGGCCUUUCGCGUGUCUGUGGUGUUCUCUUACGUUGUCAUGCUUCUACUGCAUUUGCUUCUUUUCUCUUCAUUCUU